GCAGCAGAGCAGCCAUCAGCCAGCCAGCAUCUCCUCUCUCCCCCCCGCCUCCGUCCCCUCUCGCCGGCCCUCCGCCUUUGCUCGCUGCCGCUGGGCCCCGCGCGCCGCCCGCAUUUAUUCCCCGGCGUCCGUUCCCGUGUGCUGCCCUUUCCUCUCCUCUCGGCUCACCUUCCCCUCGUGAAUCGUGAUCUCUCUCCCGUGCUCGCUCGCUCCCUGAUAAUGGCGAGCGGUGUGAGGAACGGUGGUACGGGGAGGAUGAGCGGGAGGCUGGACAGGCAGCAGAGCUCCACCGCCACGCCCAAGGCGGCGCCGGGGAAGCCUCGCCUCUCCGCGGCCCCCGGCGGCGGCGGCAGCGCGUACCGGCGGACGAGCUCCGGCCCGCUCCCCUCUGCCGCCGGCGGCGGCGGCGGGCGCGCCUCAUCCGAGUCUGGAGUUUCUAGCAGAGUUAGAGUUGCUGUAAGGCUUAGGCCUCGGAAUGCAGAAGAGCAGGCAGCAGAUGCUGACUUCGCUGAUUGUGUUGAACUCCAGCCAGAGCUCAAAAGACUAAAGCUUCGGAAAAACAAUUGGGAGUCAGACACAUAUGAAUUCGAUGAAGUGCUUACAGAGUUCUCUUCACAGAAGAGAGUGUAUGAAGUUGUUGCUAAACCAGUUGUGGAGAGUGUUCUGGAGGGAUAUAAUGGUACAGUUAUGGCAUAUGGGCAGACUGGUACUGGCAAGACAUUUACGCUUGGAAGACUGGGUGAUGAAGAUACUGCUGCUCGGGGAAUUAUGGUCCGUGCAAUGGAGGAUAUCCUAGCUGAUAUAACGCCUGAGACUGAUACAGUGUCUCUAUCGUAUCUUCAGUUGUACAUGGAAAUGAUACAAGACCUCCUUGAUCCUGUAAAUGACAACAUAGCCAUUGUAGAGGACCCAAGGACAGGAGAUGUUUCAUUGCCUGGGGCCACAGUAGUUGAAGUUAGAGAUCAGAAGAGCUUUAUGGACCUUUUAAGGAUCGGUGAAGCUCAUCGUGUUGCUGCAAACACAAAGUUAAAUACAGAGUCAUCUCGUAGUCAUGCAAUCCUCAUGGUAAAUGUCAGAAGGGCUGUGAAAGGUCGGAAUGAAAUGGAUGUUAGUAUGUCUGCUGAAAAUGGACAUUCAUCAUCCAUGGUGGGAUCUUUCCGACCACCUAUUGUUCGGAAAAGCAAGCUUGUAGUUGUAGACCUAGCAGGUUCUGAGCGAAUAGACAAGUCAGGAAGUGAGGGUCAUACGCUAGAAGAGGCAAAGUCUAUCAACUUGUCCCUAAGUUCACUGGGAAAAUGCAUCAAUGCACUUGCUGAAAGCAGCGCACAUGUACCUGUUCGUGAUUCCAAGCUUACCAGGUUGCUUAAAGAUUCAUUUGGAGGCACGGCAAGAACAUCAUUGGUUGUAACAAUUGGUCCAUCUCCAAGACAUCGGGGGGAGACUACAAGUACAAUAAUGUUUGGACAAAGAGCAAUGAAGGUUCAGAACAUGGUGAAAUUGAAGGAAGAAUUUGACUACAAAAGUUUAUGCAGGAGGCUUGAUAUCGAAUUGGAUAAGUUAAUUGCAGAAAAUGAACGGCAACGGAAAUAUUUUGAUGACGAAGUUGAAAGAAUAACAGCAGAAGCUCAAUUCCGUAUUGCUGAGGCUGAAAGGGAAUGCAAAAUUGUUCUUGAGAAUGAGAAAAUGAAGUACCAUCAAGAAUACUUGGACUCCAUAAAGAUACUAGAGGAGAAGUGGAAAGUGCACCAACAAUCACCCAAGAAACAGAUUAAAGAGACUGAAUCUACUUCAAAUGGGGAAGUGCAGAACUUACUCCAGAAUGAGAAAGUGUUACGCCAAUCUGCUGAAGAUGAGUCCAAUGAUCUUAAGAAUCAAUUAUCGCACUGGAAAAAGAUGGAGGCUACAGCUACUGCUGAAGUUGUGAGACUCCGGAAAAUGCUGGAUACUGAAGCUAGUCAAAAGGAGAAACUCGAAGAAGAAAUAGGUGUUCUAAAAAGUCAGUUAAUGCAGUUGAGUCUGGAUGCUGAUGAGACGAGAAUAAGCCUCGACACAGGAGAUGGACCUGGAAAAAUAUUUCCUGGGUUAGAUUCUUUGAUGUCUCAUACUCGGAGUUCGCAGCCUAGAGAGCAAAGCAAUGGACCUAAGGCACCUGUCGCUAAACUCUUUGAACAAGUUUCUCCGCAAACUGUUCCAGUCGGAUUACAGAAGAUACUGUCAUUGCUUGAAUCGGAAGAACCUGAUGUUCGUAUUCACGCAGUGAAAGUUGUCGCAAACCUGGCAGCUGAAGAGGCAAAUCAAGAAAAGAUUGUAGAAGCAGGUGGCCUUACUUCCCUCCUAAUGCUGCUUAGGAGCUCUGAGGAUGAAACCAUACGCAGAGUAGCAGCAGGAGCAAUUGCUAAUCUUGCAAUGAAUGAAACAAAUCAAGAUCUUAUCAUGGCUCAAGGUGGUGUAACCUUGUUGUCAAUGACCGCAUCAGAUGCAGAGGAUCCACAAACUCUAAGAAUGGUGGCUGGUGCAAUUGCUAACCUGUGUGGCAAUGACAAACUUCAAACUCGUUUGAGAGGAGAAGGUGGCAUUAAGGCAUUGCUGGGGAUGGUUAAGUGUGGCCACCCUGAUGUCCUUGCUCAAGUUGCUCGUGGCAUUGCAAACUUCGCAAAAUGUGAAUCUAGGGCAGCUACUCAAGGAAACAAGGUUGGGAGAUCAUUGUUGGUCGAUGAUGGGGCACUUCCUUGGAUUGUAAAGAAUGCGAACAAUGAAGCUGCUCCAAUUAGGCGGCACAUUGAGCUUGCACUGUGCCAUUUGGCACAACAUGAGGUAAAUGCCAAGGAUAUCGUCAGCGAAGGUGCACUCUGGGAACUUGUUCGAAUCUCGAGGGAUUGUUCUCGAGAAGACAUAAGGAUGUUGGCAUACCGCACACUGACAUCUAGUCCCAUUCUACAAUCAGAGAUGAGAAGACUGCGAAUAGAAUGUUGAUAGAAUAACCAAAAGAUGCUACUGGGUCUCACUGCCUGGAGUUACAUUCCUCGUACAAGAAUAGGUGAGCCGCCAUGCCGAGUGCCGGUGAUCAAGCAUAUGGACGGUUGAUAUACCCAGUUUUUGCAAGCCUACAUGGGUGGGCCACUGGAUUUGUCUCAACUGGCAAGGGUCUGCGCAUCUAUUAUCUUCGAGAGUUCAUUUUUGCCGAAACUCUUGGUAGCAACUCAUCUGUUCUAAUCCUACUACGCAAGGUUUUUUUUCCACUUUUAGUUAAUGUAGUUUGUAAUAUUAUUCUUGUAAAAUGAUCAUCAGGGCCAAACUAAUCCUGUUUGGUAGAGGGAGAGAGAGUAAGAGAGUGCAGAUAGUUACGAGACUUGGCAUAUGAACUGUUCAUACUUGUAUUCAGUACAUUGUACAGUAGCCAAUGUUUUGACUGUCAACUUGUUACUGCGAAAGUGUGAGGUCAGCUUCUUAUGAUCAUGUAUGUUCUGCACGAUCCAUAUGAGCAUUUCAAAA